AUGGAUAAAAGUGAUUUUCCCAAACUCGACGAGUCAGUGGCUACUCCCAGUGUCGAGAAAUCGGCAUUAGGCUCAUCCUGGGCUGAGGUAGCUCAACCCCACAACGACAUCAAUACAACCAACGCGUCUACCGCUGCUUCUGAGGAGGACACAUCUCUUGAACCAAAGCAAAAGGCUACUUCUGAGGUAGAUCACAGACCCAAUGCGUGGGAAGCUACAAAGGAUAAGGCGACAUUUGCUGAAAUCGCGGGUCAUGAAAAGAAGCAAGAAGAGGAAUUCCCUACCCCACAAGAGGCUCUCAAGACGGUGGACACUGAAUCGCUGCCUGCAUCUGGAGGCGUAGGCGACUUGUUGAACAGCAACUCAACCGAAACACACGUAGAAGACACCACACAACCACCUGAUCCAGAUAGAUCCUUUGCUGCUGUCACCUCUAACAAGGACUUCCCUACUCCUGAGCACGAUAACUCUGUUCCUCAAGAUGAAGAACAGCCUCCUUUAUCUGAUUUACCUGAUGUUAAGGACAUGUUGAAACAACCUUCCGUUCAUGUUCCUCCAGUUCCUCCUGCUCAAAGUUUUGCCAAGAUAGCCGCAAAGCCAAUUCCUCCCGAGGAUAGACCUUUAAGCGAGCGCGCACAACACAUCAUCAAUAACCAACCCAAGGAAGAGCCUUUGGCCAUGACUGAAGAAAACUUCCCUACUUUGGAGCAAUCCAACCUGAUGUCUGAGGAAAAUGCUCCUGUAGAAGACAAGGCUGUAUACUCUGAAAUCUCAAGAUUCCAUCAACUCCAUGAGGAAGAAGCCAAGGAAAACAAAGAUCCCAACUUGAAAAAGUCUUUUGCCGACAUCACCAGCUCCAAUUUGGACGAAGUUCCUCCUUCUGCUGUUCCUCACGUCGAUCAGCAUCCCGUCUAUGAUGAAGAAACCCUCUACCUGGAAACUGCCAAGAGAGAAGAAAGAAAGAAUCUUCAAGCUGAACAUGGCAACAAUGAGCAAUUGAUCAAGGAAGAAGAAUUGAAAGAGGUUGAACCCACCAAAGAACAAAAGGAGCAAGAAGAGAAAGACAAGCAAACCUACGAAAAGAGUAGAGAAAUUGUCACUGGAGAGCAUGGCCAAGAUGAAGACGCACUGGCUGCCCGUCUUGGUACAUUCGAUAGUAGUCAAACUGGUAGAAUCACCAUCUUCCAUACCAUGUUUGCUCUUUAUAGACUCGGCUAUUCAUGGCUCUCUAUCAUUCCUGGCGCUUUGUUGAUGCACAUUCGUCUCUCGCCACUAACGUCUCCUUGGGGAUUCCCGUUCAUCUACAGGUCACCUUUUGAUCUCAUUUUACUACCAAUUUAUACAGACAACUUGACCUAUGCUCUCAGCUACAAGACGCCCAUGCUGCAUCAACCCAAGGAAGAGGUGACGAAGAUGGUCAAGACCUACGGACACAAAGACGGUCUUGGCUAUUGGGACGGCAUCAGAGCGCUGCGUAGCUUAGAAAAAGAUAGUUUAAGGUGGUGGCAGUUGGGUUUGUGGGCUGUACACAGAAUUCAAUGGACUUUGGCCUACACCAUGCUACAUGAACCUCAAACCAAGGUUGUCACUGCGCCCACACUUGUCUCUCUCGCAUCUCAAGAUUAA